AUGCGGCGCAUGUCAAGAGCCGGUCCCAGCUCCAUGUGGGUCAUGGGCCUGUGCGGCCCCCUGGAGGAGUGUCCCGGGUCAGAGGAGUGUCCCGGUCAGGCGGAGACGGCUUUGGGGAAUUGGGGAAGUGCGUCUAGUCUUGAGUCUGGAGUUCAGCGAGGGAAAUUUGUCAUCUUCAACCGCAUUGCAGAGCCCCGAGGCCCCUCACGGAUCCGAGCCAGGAUCCUGGGUGGGGCACUGGAGGAUUAG